UUAAUUGGUGGUCCACCUCCAAUAGCUUUUGUAAAGCCAGCUUUUAAAGCAAAACCAAAUUUACGUAAAAAGGCUGUUCAUUGGGAAUGGCAAAGUUUCAAUAACCAGGGGCGAGGACAAGAUGAUCAGUUGACACUACAACAUUGGGUCAAAUGUACACCUACUUCAGAAUCAGAAGAUUCAGGAUAUUGGUUUGCCGAAUACAACAAAAAAGUUGACAUCUUGAAAUACGAUGAAGAAGAAUAUGAAAAAUAUUUAACAGAUAAAGAUUGGACCAAAGAGGAGACGGAUUACUUAUUUAAAUUGUGUGACAAAUACGAUCUUCGUUUCGUAAUCAUCCAUGAUCGUUAUGAAUAUAGGGAGCGAUCUAUGGAAGAUUUGAAGGAUCGGUAUUAUUCAGUAUGUAAAAAGCUUUUACAGGUGCGUCCUCCUGAGGGUGGUGACAAAGGUGCUUUGAUUGCGAUGAAUACUUAUGAUAAAGCGGGUAUGAAUAGUAAAUUUGACAUGUAA